AUUUUCAAUAUUUGGCAAACUAAAAGGCGCUGACAUGUUUUCACACAAAUUCACUCUAAAUUUCAAACAGAAGAAGAACUACCAAACUUUCAUCGGAGCAGGGGUGUCUAUCGUGAUCUUCAUAAUUUGCAUCUUGUAUGCAGUCUUCCUGUUUAAUACCAUGCUUAAGAGAAAGAGAACAUCUACUAAUUCUGGAAUCAUCCGAACUGAUAAGAUUCAGGACCCUUUGAAUGUAGCUCUGAAUGAUGAGGGAAUCUACAUUGCACUUAGUGUGAGGGGCGGCUAUGAUGCAGAAAUUGAUGCUAUUGAAGAAGGAAUAAUAGAGAUCAGAUUAGCAAGGAUAAAAUUUAAACUCAAUCGUUUGAUUAGCUCUGAAGGAGGAACUCCUGAAAUUUCAAGUGAAAUUCAUAAAUGUAAUCAAACAUCUUUCCCUUAUGACCCUCAAAUCCCAACCAACAGGCUUGAAAUAAACUACUCUUUGUAUUGUUUCGAUAGAGCUGAUUUGAUGGAACUGUCUUAUCAAGACUUUAAUGAAGGUGAUAAUAUCCAAUUUGCAUUUUUAGGUGAAGUUUGACCUGAAAAUAGCUGAACAGAAGAUCAGAAAGAGAGUGUUCAGAAUUAUCCUAUUAUCUUUGACCUGCUUGUCCUUAGUAAAUAUUAUGAUUCUUCAGACCCUGUAAACCCUGUCAAGACUUAUGUCCAAAACGAUUACUCAUUCUACAUUCCAAAAGGGAAGUUGUCAUUUUAUAAUUUUGAUUUGAUUAGACACCGAUACAGCAUCAGCGAUUGGGACUCAGUGUUUGUUGGAGAGAAGUCUGGAGAAUUCUAUGACAUCGAGCAAGGAAAUAACUAUUUCGAAGAGUUACACAGUGCAACAACCGCUACUGUUAUCAUGUUUAAAGUCUCAAGUGUCAUCAGGAACUAUGAAACAAGUGUUAUUGGGUUCCUUGAUGUGUUCGGCCAAGUCGGAGGUCUCUUUGAAAUACUGUUUCUGUUCUCCUCCAUGUUGAUCAAAAGAGUGACGGAAGUAUUAUACAAACGAGAUAUCAAUACAGCUGAAAGACAAAUCAAGAACAGUGAUAGCUGGUUCUCUUAUCCAUCACAGCUAGAUGAGGCUGGAAGAAAUAAAAAGAAGGGCAAACACAAAAGAAAGCAGAUCCAUGAUGUAACUUCUUUGAUGUUUCAAACUUUCAAAAAUCAAGUAAGACUUAGAGAACAAAGAAGGCAACAAGAAGCCAUUGACAGAAGCUUAGUUUACCAAGAAGAGCAGCCUGUAACUAGUAGGCUCACUGAAAUACAAAAUAUGAGGAAGGAAAUUAGACUUCAGAAUCAGCUCACAACAGAAUUGGAUAUAGUGAAUAUAUCUCAGUCUCUGGUAGAACUUAAAAUGUAUGUGAGCUACUUACUUGACAAAGACAAACAAGGGAAUCAUAAUAAAUUGCAAAGCACAAACUCUAAUAAUCCAAAUAAUAUUUAGUGAAAAUAGACAAAGCAGACAACUGGCCUCCAUCGACAAGAAUGUAUCUCUUAACCAUUCUUCAACCAAGGAGAAGCAGGGCUUCCGUCUUAGGGAUGAGGAAGAAGGACUCUGCAACAUGGAAGAAAGAAAACAGAGUAUACAAGAAAGAAGUCCUGCACACAUAUUGGGAAAAUCUACUUUUUCUUACGACUGAGUUCCACGAUCAAGCUCACUCUACAAAAACGGCCAAGCUUAGGCAGGAGGCUGAAGUUUCAUUAAAACCCCAUUUUUAUCUUGAAUU